UGGUCUUCUGUUCUCAUUCACACAGAAGAGAGUCCAGAGAUGGCAUCAGUGGAGAUGGCAGACAGCAGUGAAACACUGGGGCUGAAUGCCACCGUUAACAAAGAGGAGAAGGAAGACAUUGGUGAAUCUGUUGAUCAUGGAAAGACCCCUAUCUCCUCUGACCAAGUUGAGACAUUGCCUGCUUCAGUCAAGCAACAUCGGAAAGUGAGCAAAGCGAAGAGGUCUCACAGCUGUCCCCACUGUAAGAAGAGUUUCCCGUUCCUUUCAUAUCUUGAAAGACACCUGCGAAAACAUUCCGGAGAGAAGCCUUAUUCCUGCUCUGACUGUGGGAUGAGUUUCUCCCAACUGAGUGGCUUGAACGUGCACCAUCGAACACACACUGGAGAGAAGCCUCACCGCUGUCCUCACUGUGAGGAGAGUUUCCCAUUCCCAUCAUAUCUUGAAAGACACCUGCGUAAACAUUCUGGAGAGAAGCCUUAUUCCUGUAAUGACUGUGGGAUGAGUUUCUCCCAACUGAGUGGCUUGAACGUGCACCAUCGAACGCACACUGGAGAGAAGCCUCACCACUGUCCUCACUGUGAGAAGAGUUUCCCAUUCCCAUCAUAUCUUGAAAUACACUUGCGGAAACAUUCUGGAGAGAAACCGUACUCCUGCUCUGACUGUGGGAAAUGCUUCACAACAUCAAGUCAUCUAACCUCUCAUCGGAGAACUCACACAGGGGAGAAGCCUUACUCCUGCUCUGACUGUGGGAAGAGUUUCCCAUUCCCAUCAUAUCUUGAAAGACACCUGCGGAAACAUUCUGGAGAGAAGCCUUACUGCUGCUCUGAAUGUGGGAAAUGCUUCACUACGUCAAGUAAUCUAACGCUACAUCAGAAUGCACACAGGGGAGAAGCCUUGGAGACAAUUUGAGUUCAAAAGAAUUGACCCAAAAGAAAAAGAACGGAAAUUAAAAAAUAAAAAAAAAUGUGAAGUAAUGCAUGGUGACACUGAAAUGUAAAAAAAAAAUAAAAAAAAAUAUGUAAACAAAAAAUAGUGAAUAAAAAAUAGUGAAUUGAAAAAAAAAGUAGAAUUCAAACACAUUGAAAAAUGAUUUUCAAAGCAUUCAGUUGAUGUUUGCAUCCAAUCUUUAAAAUUGAUUUGAUCAAAUAACUUGUUUUCGCUCUUGGCUUUUGUCCUUGCAAUGACAAUUUUAUUCUACCUUCAAGUCAUCUUUUCUCUCCUCCAAGUUUUGGCACUCUUGACAUGGAGGCGGGGUUAGAGGGGAUGGGCGUGUCCAAUGAGCCACAUCCUUGGAGUGGCAGCAUUCCUCAACAAUACACAUUUUUAUUGUAACCCUGGACAAGAACACCUGAUUCAACUUGUCAACUAAUCAUCAAGUCCUCAAUUUUUAUUUUAACCUUUAUUUAACUAGGCAAGUCAGUUAAGAACAAAUUCUUAUUUUCAAUGACGGCCUAGGAAACAGUGGGUUAACUGCCUUGUUCAGGGGCAGAACGACAGAUUUUUACCUUGUCAGCUCGGGGAUUCAAUCUUGCAACCUUUCGGUUACUAGUCCAACACUCUAACCACUAGGCUACCUUGCCUCAAUGAGCUGAAUGAGGUGUAGGGCUCGAACAACAAUGUGUAGUGUUGGAGGACCAGGGUUGGGAAACACUGUCCUAACCAAUAGGUUACUUGCACAAUGUCAUAAAACAACUUCCUGGUAAUAAAGGUAAUGGAAAUCUGCUUCCUGGAAAAUGA